CAAAUGUUUUUGCAAGCGAUGAAAUUGAAAGACAAUAGGUAUGGUGCACAAUAAUAAAGAUUGGAGCCUAUUUAAUUGAAGUACAGUCCAAAAGAACCUCGAUAACAUACUCCAGAAGGUUUGACUAAGAUUGGUUUGUUCAACAGCACUCAAUUUCAAAGGAAAUAAUCAGUUGAGAAACGUAAACUGAGCAGUUAAGCAGAAGGAAAAAGACCAUAAUCAUCAGUAUAAAGAAUACCAAGAACAGCAUUUUAAAAAAAUACAUUUGCAGCAUAAUUUGUUGUAAUGAUAAUUAUAAAAACAGGUAGUUCUUUUGUGAAAAUGGAAAUAAUGGUGCUUUGGUUAGAAGAAUUUUAUAAGGAAGAGGUUGGUUUGCAGAAUAGUAGACAAGUUUUAAGUAAGUUAUAGAUAAUUAAUGAUAGUGUAAACUUUAUUUGGAAGCAAUCAAAUAAAGGAUUUAAUUAUUCUACUCUUACUUAAAAGAAGGUUUGUAUUAAUCAUUUGGAACAUCAUCAUGAAAUCUCAAAUAAAAAUAAAUUACAUGAUAAUCUCAAAAUGCAUUGUUAGAGGAUUAAUAAGAAUAUGGAUGAUUUUGUACCUACAACAUUUUCAAUAAACCUUGAUUCGACUACACUUUAAUGGGAUUUAAAGAAAUUUGUUGAUUUUUUUAUUUAAAUAAAGAAAGAGGGUAACCAAAAGAAUAUUUGGUUAUUAAAACCUCCAGAUCUUAAUAGGGGAAGAGGAAUAUAAUUAUUUUCUGAUCUUAAGGUGUUUAUAAAUUAAGUAGAGGAAUUUUGUAAACUUAGAAGUUUGAAUUCAAAAAGUAAAUCAUCAUCUAAAGGAGCUAGAGGAGUUACAAUUACAUAUCCAGAUUAGAAUGAAAGUAGAUUAUAAAGUUUAUUUAGAAAGAAUCAGGUCAAGCAUAAAUUAGUUUUACAAUAGAUUAAACUACUUGUAAUGAUCGUAUAAUAGUUUUACAAAAGUAUUUAGAAACACCACUUUUAUACAAUGGUAGAAAAUUUGAUUUUAGAGUUUGGGUUUUAAUUGAUCAUACUUCUAAAUACUAUUUUUUUAAGGAAGGGUAGAACAAAUUAAAUAUUGUAGGUAUUUGCGUUUGGCAAGUGAACAUUUCGAUGUAAACAAUUUAAAAUCUUUGUAUAUUCAUUUAACAAAUAAUGCUGUUUAAAAGAAUCAUCCAAACUAUGGUAAAUAUGAAUUAGGAAACCAAUUGAGUUUUUAAGAUUUGUAACAUUACUUAAAUUAACAGAGAAAUACUAAAGUAUCAUCAGCUGGAAUAGUAUUAAAAAUGAAGGAAUUGAUUCACCAAACAAUAUAUUGUGCUGGUUCUAAAUUGCGUGAUAGUUGAUAUAUGUAUAUUAAUUUUUUAGAUCGCAAGGAUUUCUAGUUUGAAAUAUUUGGAUAUGAUUUCAUGGUUGAUAAAAAUGGUCAUAUUUGGUUGAUAGAAAUAAAUACUAAUCCAUGUAUUGAAGAGAGCAGUCCCCUUUUAUAAAAAUUGAUACCAAGAAUGUUAAGUAAAUUAUGGUAGAAAUCUUAGAUGACGCAUUUAGAUUAACAAUUGAUAAAAUAUUUUCUCCGUUCAAAACUACAUAAGAGAACUUUCUUACAAAUUUACAUGAAUUUGCUAUUCCUGGAUAUAGUGACAAAGAUAACCUAUGGGAUUACAUGGGAUAAAUUUGAUUUAAAA